UGUUAUGAGACUUGUGCCAUUCCCCCAUCGCUUUCUCUCAUCACAGAACCUGAAACAGGAAAGUGCAACCACCUGCCUCAAAGCUUUGCUCUGCCACCAAGACACAGUAUGGAAGCCAUUGCCAAGUUUGAUUUCACUGCUUCUGGAGAAGAUGAGUUGAGUUUCCAAGCUGGGGAUAUGCUGAAGGUUUUGAGCUCCCAGGAAGAGUGGUACAAGGCUGAGCUCAGAAGUCAAGAAGGCUACGUUCCUAAGAACUUCAUUGAUUUUCACGUUCCCCCCUGGUUUGAUGAGAGGAUAUCCCGCCAUGAAGCAGAGAACCUUCUCAUGAGCAAAGGAGUUGGUUCCUUCAUCGUCCGUGCCAGUCAGAAUUCUCAUGGUGACUUUUCCAUCUCUGUCAGGCAUGAAGAUGAUGUGCAACACUUCAAAGUGAUGAGGGAUUCAAAGGGUAACUAUUACUUGUGGACAGAGAAAUUCCACUCGCUAAACAAGCUCGUGGACUACUACAAGACAAAUUCCAUCUCCAGGCAGAAACAGAUAUUCCUAAGGGACAACAGCCAAGAAGAGAAGGAGAGGCGUGGUGGGAGCCUGGAACGGAUGAGCCGGGAAGGAUUCCACUUAAGUGGAGCAGCUGGAGAAGAUCAUUCUUCUAUAUCCAAGAGAUAUGUCGAGCAUGCUAUCCCCAUACUGCAGCAGCAACAGGAAAGAUAUGGUGGGAGUCUGGACAGGAAAGAUGUGCUGCAUGGACUAAGGGAUCAUGGCCAAGGAAAUGCAGGAGCUAUGCAACGGAGACACACAGACCCACUGCACCAGCAGACACCGCGAACGCUAUGGGUCCGUGCCUUGUACGACUUUGAUGCUGUGGAGCAUGAUGAGCUGGGCUUCCGUAGUGGAGACAUCUUAGAGGUCCUGGACAGCUCCAACCCUUCAUGGUGGAAAGGACGUCUGCGUGGGGAACUGGGUCUCUUUCCUGCCAACUACGUCACACCAGUGCUCCUGUGAGGGCACAGUUUGCCCCAGAGGGCCAAGCUGGAGCUGCUCUUCUGACAUGACAAGGGACAGAGAAGGAGUGCAUCUUCCCUGGCCACCAGGACAUACACUGGUUUUGGUUUUGUCUUAAUUUAUUGGCAACUUAUUUUUUUAAAUGUUGGUAUGAAAGGGAAACCUUUGAAGAAAAUAUUAUUUUUUCCCCCCUAUUUUUCACCUUCAUUAAGGGGAGGAGCAAAAAUCCUGGACUGCUCACUGAGACGUUGCUGGAUCCUCUCUGCCCUGUCACCUCUUUGGCUAACGAUUGAUAACUUCCUGCAACUAGGUUUGUUCUGUGGAAAAGCCCCUCAGACAAGUCAGACUUCAGGUUCAGUAUUCAGAUGGUCCUACCCCUUCCUUUUGGAAUUCACCCACAAGAAUUAAAUGAUCAUUGGUAAUCCCAUUAAUCCUUCAAGUAGGGAAGGAAAGUGAAGGGGCUUUAGGUUGAGGUUCAAGGCAAUUUGUAUUUUUCUAAAUAGCUUCUGGCUUACCCAUCUCCUACUGUGUGUAUGGACUAUAUGGAUAUACCAGAUGAAGGGAAAGGAUCCUGUGAGCUUUUGUACAAAACAAACAGUGGUGAAGGUAUGGGAGGGCAAGAACCUACUUUCUUUGCUGCUUCUGAUAGUCCUGGUCUUCUUUCUGCACCCCAUAACAGCUUACGCCAUUUUCAAGCUGCUCUCUUAGGUAUCUACACUUCUGCUAGAUAGCCUGGUUAGAGCAGAUCAGGCCAUUCAGCUAAAUUAGUAUCCACUGGAUUGGAUAACAAUUAAUAUCCCUCACUGGUUCAUUUUGUAAAACUGAACUGGGGAGGGGUUGGAGAGAAGAGGUUUUACUGGUUUGGUGGCAGAAGUUCUUUCCCUGAGAAGUUGGGGUGUUGAGGAGCACUGUGUACACAACUCUGCCUUACCAGUGGAAUGCCUCAUCCGACAGGUUAAGCUGUUACUUUACCGUAUGCAGAGAAUAAAGUUGUGGCCAUCAAACAGUCUGUUCUAUGUUCCAGUUUCUUUUGGAUAAAAUAAGAUAAAUGAAUAGGUUUUCAAAUCAUUGCUGAGUGAAUGCCCAGAUGUGAUAGAAAUAUACUGCAAAUGCACAUUAGAAAUGAACCAAACUCUGUGAAGGAUACACUAUUCAUAACUACUGCUCAGGCAAGUUGAUAUUAAACAAACUGUCUGAAUUUUUCACAACAUGUGAGACCUCAGCAGUCAGCAUGGAAGUGAUGAUUAAUCAUUCUUGAAAAAGAAAGAGAAGGCAAGUGAAAAACUCUAAAAAUAAAUCAG